AUGGCGGGUUUGAGCGAUGCGUACACAUUGCUCUGUAAACAUAAAAAUAGUUUAAUUCGCGAGUUAAAUUCUACGAAUAUUCUGUCGGAGUUAGUGAAAAAUCAAGUGUUUACGGCUGCCGAAGAAAAUCUAGUGUUGAGUGAGGAUGAUGAUGAUGUGAAGUGCGAUAUUUUCAUUAGAUUACUGUCGGAAAAAAGUGUGGAUAUCAUUCGCGAGUUCUGCUAUGCUUUGGAUAACGAAUGCACCCAUGUGGUAAAGCUGAACGAUCUCACCAGUGAUUCUCCUGAGGCCAACGAGGAGAUGGGGGAGACAUUGCGACACAUAGAUUCCGACAAAGAAAGUGAGGAGUCUUGCGACCGUCUCAGGUAA